AUGUUUCAGCGACUCAAAGGCGCUAUAGAUUCUCGAAUCGCAGAAGAACAGGCUCGUCAAAAAGCUCUAGCUGGAAGCCCUAUAUCUCGCUCUGCGUCGUCUUCGAGUAAGUCAGGCUCUAUAAAGAAGGAAAUUGCAUCGAAAUCAAAACGUGAUAGGCGGCAUGAAGAUAGUGUCAACUCCCGAGGACCUGAUCCUUCAGAAUUUGAUCAUGCCUUCAUUAUCGAAGACGAAGAUGAUGAGGCAAACAAAGAGACUGUUCCAGGAGAUACACCACAUCACAGAAACAACUCCAGCGAAUUCAAAGCUCCCGAGACAGAAAUUACCGAUAAAGAGAGUUCAAAAUUAGUAGCAUCACCUAAUCCAGAAAUUACACCAACAGUCCGAAUGAAGUUGCGGAAGCUUGAAAGGCUUGAAACGAGAUAUCAAGAACUUUUACGUUCCUAUCGUGUUGCACACGCGCGAGCCAUAUCAAUAGAAUCCUUCGAAAAGCAGCUCAGGGAAAACACUCCUUUAUCUACCAUAUCUGACCCAGAUGCUCUGGGAGAGUAUCUCAAUCAGCUCAACUUAAAAGGGGAAAUAUUAAUGGAAGAAUUGAAGAGAGUAACCACUGAUCGAGAUGAAUUUAAAAACAAAGUUGCCACACUAGAACAUGAAGUCUCCACAUCCAAAAAAGAAUUAGUGGCAGAAAAUCAGAACUGCGAUCAGGAGGAAGCUGAAACGAACGAAAUCCCCCGAAUAGAUGUUGUAAAUUUAGUCGAAUCCGUUAGUUCUGCUGUUUCAACCGACUUAACUGUGUUUUCCCCGAGUGGUCAGGUCAAGUUUGAUAAGGAGCAGAGUAGCUGUGAACUCAUUCUCACCAACGGCGAUAACUUGCAGAAAAAGCUAGAGGAGAAGUCAGCUGAAGUCAAAAUACUGAAGUCUAGAGUUGAGGAAUUAGAGAAGUAUCUCCCAACAGCCCAAGAUUCAAACCAAAACCUGGCUUCAAGCUCCAAUAAUAAGAUUCAGGAAUCAAAUGUGGAUGAGGAACCUAUUUUGAACGAUCAAUUCACCAAAGACAAGAUAGACGCGCAGGCAAUUGAGAUUCAAGUAUUGAAGAAUAAAAUUGAGACUACGGAAAGUAGAUUUAGUGACCAAAUUUUUAGUUUAGAAUCUCAAAAGAAAGACGCAGAAGAAAGGCUAUUCAAUUUUCAAGCCGAUCUCGCAAAGCAGGAAGAGACCUCAAGUAAGGCUCUCAUAUCAAUUCCGAAUACUAGCAGUAGUCCUACAUCAAGCUCUGAAGAGUUGAUUAAUCAAAAGAAAAAAUUCGAGCAAUUGGAAGAAGAAUAUAAAGCCAAAAUAGAAGCUUUAUCGACGAAACUUCAACAGAAUUCUAGCCUACUGCAGCCCAAAAAUAGCGAAAAAGAGGUCACAGCCGAUUCAAACCUCAAUAUUGAAGUUCCUUCCGUGGCCGGUCCUUCGAAGACAAGUAAGAAGAGAAAUAAAAAGAAGAAAAAGUUGUCUAAUUUGCCUCCUACAUUGUCAGAAACCGAUUACCGCUCAGAAUCUGUCCCUAACACUCCUAAUACAGGCAACAUAGAAAAUGAUUUAAUUAAACUUCAGUCUGAACUCCAAGACCGAGACUUGUUGAUCACUCAGCUUCAGUCUAAGCGUAAAAAUGAGGAAGACCUUAGGGAAGAACUCGAAAAUACGCAGGAGAGUCUUCUUAGCAUCGGACAAGAGCACGUUAUGGCUAAAGAAAAUAUUAAGUUAUUAAAUGAAGAAAAGAAAAAGCUUCAAGAAGAGGUCUCCUCCCUAGAAAAAGAUUUGAACCUGAGCAAAAUUGAAUCCGAAAACUCUAAAACUACGAGUAAUAACAUUAAGAAAUUGUCUCAAGAAUACGAAGACAUAAAGAUCAAAUCAGCCACUUUACAAACAGAUCUUAUUGUAACUCAGCAGCUGGCAGCAUCAAGGUACAAAGACCUUACUGACCUCCGAGAGACCCACCAAAAAGUUCAACAAGAGAUGGCAAAGCUUCGGACCGACAACAUGGGUUUAAAGAGUGCUAAAGAAGAAUUAGUUACUUCAAACCUAGACCUUAGACGACUUCAAAUUCGUGAGAAGGACUUGAAGUCCGAAGUAACUUCUUUUAAGAAACAGGUAAAUGAUUUUCAAUCCGAAAUACGGACCCUUAACGAGAAAAUUGGUCAAGAAAAUGCCGCUCGCCUUCGUGCCGAGGAUCAUCAGCGCGUUGCCCAGCGCGAUAUGCGAAAAUCGGAAGCAGAGAAGAUAAAAAUUUCUGCUGCCCUGGAGAAGUCUUCCUCAGAACUUGUUAAAUCUUGCGAGGAAACUAUUAGUCUGCAAUCUCAGGUCAAAGAUUUGGAAGAGCAGGUAAUGAAACUAAGUUUAGAAUCGAAAAAAUUCCGGGAGGAAGCUGAAAUUCAAAGCUCACUGCUCAGUAAUGCUCUGAGCUCGGUAGAAAGUAUGAAAGGACAAGCUAGUGAGAUGGCUAUGCAACUCAGGGAGGCUCAGACUCAGUCAGAAUCACUUUCAGAAGAGCUGGCCGAAGCCCAUCGUCUACUUUCUGAACGAACUAGAGAGGGUGAGACAAUGCGCCGUCUCUUGGCUGAUGUCGAUGAACGUGCAGAUGCUAGAGUCAGGGAGAUGCAGGAAAAAAUGGAGAUAGCAAUAAAGGAGCGUGACCAACUUGAAGAUGAAUCAUCGAAUAUUGGACGUCGAAGGGCUAGGGAGAUUGAAGAGCUCAAAGUACGUCAUAGAGAUUUAGACCGAGAUUUGAAAAGUAUUACUUCUGAAAAAGAACGGCUAGAGAACGCUGAAAAUACCUGGAAACAUAAAUACGAAGAGUUGGAACAUAUUUCUCAAAGCUCUAAAAAAGAAGCUGAGGGCAUCAGGAUAGCGUUGAACCAACUGCAAGAUGCUCUAAAUAGAAGUGAGAAGGCCGUACGAGAAGCAGAAAAACAAAGGCAAGAGACGACAAAGCUUUUAGAUGAUGCAAAUCAACGUUUUGAAAAGGCAAAAAAAGAAAACCAAACACUUCAAUCAAAAUUAGCAAAAUUUGAUGAGAAUAGGAGGGAUAGCACUGAUAUUAGAACCUACGGAGCGACUAAAAACGAUGCAAUCCUGGAUUUUGUUUAUCUAAAGACCAUUAUACUUCAAUUUUUGGAGCAAAGAGAUCGUAAGGUACAAGAGAGCUUAGUAAAAACAGUCUUAGGACAGUUACUAAAAAUAGACAAGUCAGAGCAAGAUCGAUGGAUCGCUGCGAUUAUAGCAAAGUAA